AUGUUCUUCAAGCUCAUCGGUCUCGCUACAUUCGCCCACCGAAUCGUCAUGUACAAAAAGAAACCGACAUACACAUUUCAAUAUUCCAAAUUUGGAAUAAUCUACAAUAUUGUGCUGUGUAGCUUAAUGGUAGCCUCGAACUAUGUUUCUAUACCAUUCAGACUUAAUAUGGAGUACGAGAACAAGACGAAUUUGACCGUAGGCAUCGAAGUUCUGCAAACUGUACUCGGUGCCUUGGUGAUCUGCGCGAUUUUGCUUAGUUACUGCAUCGAUCAGAAGUCCUUGGUGCGGAUCGCCAAUCGAUUAAUGAUCAUCGAACACGAGAUAGAUCGUCUGUACGAUCUAUAUCAUCCGCUACGACGACAACGUAUCUUCUGUGCUAUAAUCAUCGUUUGCAUCUUAAAGAUUUGCCUGCUGAUGCUUCUCUUAUUUACUGAGAUCCUGGCCUUCCAUACGAGCCCAAUCUCAUGGCUAACAGAUGUUUUACCGACAUUUCACGUGGGUUGGCUACUGAUACAGUACUUCCUGUUGGUCACGAUCAUUCAGGCAGAUUUCGCUGAUGUAAAUCGAGCGAUCCAAAGCCUCACCAAGAUCAAUACACCUGACCUUCGACUGCAGUCUCUCUAUCAAACGCGUCGUAUCGUAGUCGGCAAUUCGACCGUUCAUCAACUGUUGCAACUACGAGAUAUGCAUUGUUAUCUCUGUGAAAUCUCUGAGGAUGUGUCGAGUUUCUAUUCACUACCAAUAUUAUUCGGCAUUACUUUUCUCUUUCUGACAUUUAUAUAUAAUGGUUACUAUCUUAUUUCACCUCUGUUGAUGACUGAUGAUAUCUUAGAAUAUGAGACUCUUAGUAAUACCAUCAUUUGGUUAAUAUUUCUGAUUUAUCCCAUUUUUCUUCUUACCAACAGAAUUACCAGGAUUUUAAUCGAGAUGGAGAAAACGGGAAAUGUAGUGCAUAAUCUUUUGAGCUGUGCAAUCGGAAAAGAGAUAAAAUCAGAGCUCAAGAAAUUUUCGCUUCAAUUGCUACAUCGCAAAAUACUGUUUACUGCUAACGGAUAUUUUACGCUCGAUAAUACUUUACUUCAUUCGCUGAUUGGCACAGUGGUGACAUAUUUGGUAAUACUUGUGCAAUUUCAAAUGGGAAGCUCGCGUUCAUCGAUCGGACAGCAAUGUAACUAUACAGGGAGAGAUUUAAUAUAA